CUCCUGUGUGCGUGGAGCACUGGAGACAGGCCAGUUCCAGACUAUGUAAGAAAAUGCAAUGUGGAUUUGUUAACAUGUACAGUUGAGAGAGAGAGUGGUUGGUGUAACCUGUGUGGCCAGAAGGUCUAAAUUAGAGAAGGCGGUGGUAGCUUCAGUUCACACCCUGCAGUUGCUUUCUGUGCUAACUCCUUUAUUCUGACCUUUGGCAUGGCAGCUUUAAUUUGGGGGCCCAAUCCAGAGAUAGUGGGGAUGGGGGGCGAAGGUGGAGGGAUGGAACCGCUUCCAUGUGAGGAGAGAGUAAGAAGACUGGGACAACUAAGCAGGGAUGUGAGAGAUCUAUAAAAUUAUGACUGGGGUGGAGAAAGUAAAUAAGGAAGUGUUAUUUAUCCCUUCACAUCACCCAUGGACCAGGUGUCACCCAAUGAUAUUAAUAGGCAGCAGGUUUAAAACAAAAGGAAGUACUGUGGAAGUCAACCUGUGGAACUCAUUGCCAGGGGAUGUUGUGAAGGCCAAAAGUAUAACUGGGUUCAAAAAUGAAAGGUCCAUCAAUGGCUAUUAGCCAAGAUGGUCGGGGCACAACCCAAUGCUCUGGGUGGCCCUAAACCUCUGAUUGCUAGAAGCUGGGACUGGAUGAUGGGAUGGAUCACUUGAUAAAUUGCCUUAUUUUGUUCAUUCCCUCUGAAGCAUCUGGCAUUGGCUGCUGUUGGAAGACAGGAUGGUGGGCUACAUGGCCAUACUGGGUCAGAGCAAUGGUCUAUUCUUAUGUUCUUAGGGAUAUGGGUGACAUGUUGGGAAAUGAGACUUUAGAGUCCAGCUAGUGUAACGCAGAGUGGGUUAGCAGAAGGUGUAAUCUAAUGAGGUAUGCACUCACUCUGUAUUAACUAGAGUUGGUCCAGAGCUUAUGCACUUCUUAGAUACAGGUAGGUGAUAGCUAGGUCAGGAAGGGUUCUUGCAGGGUGCCUGUUGGCAGCCUUUCCUAUGCAGUUACACAUACAGGAAAGCCAGACAGUCCCAGACCUUGAGGAAGUCAGGCACUGCUAAAUACUUGGUUAGCUUCCUCCUGGGUUGGAAGGAAGCCAGCCUGUAGCCUUAGGGCUAUUUCUCUACAAGAGAAUAAAAAGCAGUGGCCCUCCGAGUCUGGAUUGGGAUCGCAGGGCUCUUGGCUCUUUGGAGGUGGAAGUGAGUGGGUACUUACGGGUCUGAGUCUUGCUCUGGCACUGUCCUGGAGGGUGCAGUGUUCCUAAGGAAGGAUUGGCUCCCUUGUCUUCAGCCCCUCCCCACUUCACUAAAGGAGCAAAGCCUUGGGGGGGAGUUGGAAGUGCAGUGAUCAGAGAAAACAUGGCGAGGUGAGGCUCCCUUGGGAGGCCAGUUCACUCUGUCAGAAACAAGAGCUUACUCAACCUGUUCAGCUUCAUUCUUUCUCUUCAUGGUCACUUGGGUGCAAGAGGACAUUGCACAGGGAGAAGCAAAGUGGAGCUGAUCUCUUUGCAUGUAGUUCCUGGGCUAAUAUUUCUUGCAUCUGCGAACAGCCUCCACUGUCCUGGGUCCUUCCCCUAGACUGAGUGUGGACACUCCAUCUUCAAGUGGUAACCCUUCCCUGCUCUAACCCCUGGGUUGUGGAGGCCCGCACAAUGAGUGCACUGGAGUGGCUGCUUUCAGGUGUUACCUACAGGAACGAAAGCCCCUUCCAGAGUGGCUGCACUAAAGAGAUAGCUUGUCGAACUUCUCAGAAGAAAUGUCUCAACAUUCAUCUGUCUGGAUGCAUGAUUGAGAACUUAAAAGUUAGUCUGAGAAAAGACCUGACCAGUCCCUCUAAGUAUUGAGUCCAAAAUGGAUACUCCUGAAUGCAGAACUAAAAGGGAAGAUGCUUGUCCCUCUGCAGACCAGCCUUACGAUGCCUAAGCAUUCAUUUGGCUGGCAAUUUAGAAAAGCCAAUUCUAAACAAACAGAAUCUUAGCAAAUUCCAUUCUUCUCUCAGCCCGAUUGGUGCUCCAACUACCUUAGAAGCUGCUCACUGUUGAUUUUCUUCUUCAGGCCUAGAACUCUAGAUACCCAUCUAAACAGAUCCUAUUUGUGAGGAAAAGUGCUACAGUGAAGUUAAAAGGGGAGAGAAUAAAUGAGGGCAUCACCAAAGCCUACUGAUGGUGGAAUAGUUGAGGAUAUUGUCUCUUCCAGAUGUUCACCCAGUCCUAGUGAGCCCUUCUUCCCCAGAACAUUAUGCUACAGAAAAUGUGGAAGUGGCCAAUACAGAUGUGAUUCUAGAGAGGUCUCAAAUCUGCAUCCUGCUUCUUAGCUAAAAUCCCUGCAGCUGAUAAAGACUCAGUGGAAUGUGUCAGGAGCAUGGAGCUCCAGGAAUGGGGAGAGCUAGGAAUGGAAAGCUAUUUCUAUGGCUAAGAGUCUGAGGAAGAUAUUCUGGGUAGGGCUUGAUAAUGGUGACUGAGUAGGAAGUGAAUUGGCAUAGAUAAGCAUGUUAACUGGGUGCUGGCAGAGAGACUUGUCAUUACUUUGUUUGCUCCUGGAUGGUCUUUCUAAGUGCCGGUUACUGUGGUAUCCAGACAAGACUUGUAACCAGCUUACAGCAAGUCAUGAAGUAAGAAAUGCAUCUCACUCCUUGACAUGGGGCUGAGGAACUGUUUCAGACAGGAUCUGAAUAAAGUACUGGAAGUGAUUUCAAUCAGCCUACUAAUAUUCCCCAUUGCUUUUGUUCUUACUGCUACUCUUUUUUCCAUUUCUUUGGAAUCCAGAUUCUACCUUCUUGCAUGUUUGUAGAACAAGGCCAUUUAAAGGAACAUGGGCAGUUUAAAAUUCAUAUGUUACCUUUCUUAGCAACCUAAAUAAAGGACAUCUUGGGUUAUUAAAAAUCUAAUGUUAACGGUUUUUCAUGUCAUUCUGCUUGAACAAUGAUCAGCUGAUCAGUUUCAUUUUCCAGUUCUUACAUGGAUUAGCACAGUACUAUAAAACAGAGGGUGAUGCUUUUUAAACAUUCCAGGUGGUAUUUCUAGUCAUCUCAGAAUCUUGUGAAAAUACUUUUUUUAUGAAGAAACAAAGCAUUGGGGCCAAAUCCCUUGGCCUUUUGUCUUUAACACUUCACCCAUCACAAUGGGAAUGGUGUGCCUUUUUUAAGAACACAAAAUCUUGCUUAAAUAGACUGAUAAUGGGACUAAGGAACCAGCAAAGAUGAGUUGCUUAGUAGAGGUGGCCCUUUAACUAACGGUCGAACAAAACCUGGAACCUAAGUACCCUAAAGAGGCGGUUUACAAGAUGAGGUUAUUUAUGCAGAGUUGAUCUUUGGUGCAGGUUUUUUCUCUAUAUAAACAAGUUUUAGAAGUUUGUCACACUGGGUACAGUAAAUUCCAAUAGUGCAACUUAUUUUUGCUUAGUGUCUUCAGUUUGAAAAUAGCACAGGGGUUAAUAUAUUGCUCUGUCUUGAUCUGUGCUCUCUUGAGUUCAUUCAUAGGCAAAUACUAAGGACCGGGUUGGCUUUCUUUUGUAUUUUAAAAAAAAAAAAACCCCGAACACAUUUGAGCUAGAACUCAAUGAGACUCUCGACCUCCUUCUGGGAAUCCUGGCCUCCUGCUCCUAGGGAAUCCCUGAUUCCCACUGUUCUGGGAAGUAACAGCACAUCUGUAGCCAUAACAAUGGAGUGUGAUGUCAUCUAGAAGACAGGAUGGUCAUUCAGGGGCAGCAUCGCGGGAGUGUGAACUUCCUGCUGGCGGUAGGGGAAAAUGCAUCCCUGGAGAAAGCCGCAGUCCAGACUAGGAAAUGAACCUGCAAGGCUCUGGGUGAACAAGGCAGGGGCAGUGCUGCUUUUGAUAGCAGCGUAUGCUUGCCGUUCUGUGCUUCAGAGCCCCGAGGAGCCUGUUCCUGAGAUGGGGGAGGGACGCUUGGCGCUCUUUUUGUGGUGUGCCUGACCCCGAUAGGCUGAGCUGGGACAGGAAGUGACUUAGAUAUGGGCCAAGCUCUAUAGAAAUACUACAAGCAGCUGCUCAUGGCAGCUUACUGAUGGGCCUAAUCUUUUUGCUCUCCUCUCUUCUGGGCUCUGAGGGGAGCCUCGUAGGCCAGAUCCUAUACCCUGUGCUUCCAAGGUUCUUGCAGUAGCCCUGCUUCCUUGGGGUUGGGGAGGUCUGCGGCUCAGAAGGCCAUUGCUGUACUUGGACACUUGGGCCUGUGUCAGCAGGGGAGGCACAGCGCUGUAACUCGGAACUCCAGUCCAUCCUUUUGUUCUCUUCACCACCACCUCUUUCCAGGCUGGGUCUGUCUGCAAGUGCUGGAUGCAGGCAGGAAACUCCAAGCGUGUUGGUGGAAUGACUCAGCCACUGGAUGUUCCCAUGGAGGCUCAUUAAGGCCACAUGCAGGCCAGGGAGCCAAGAGCUUCCAAACAUUGAACUCUCUCUAAACAGGGUGUGUAAUGAGGGCAGCAGAGGCAGCAUGCUCUUAAGCCGGGCGCAGGGAUGAAGCUGAUCAUGCUUUAGUGACUAAUGCAGGGACUCCCCACAGCCUUGCUGUGAGGUGGGACCAACAAAGUACAGUGAGGCACAGAGUAGAUACAGGGGCAAUUGAUGGCCACCUGGAGAAUCAAUGAGUUAUUGCUUCAUGCAAAUGCACAGGGGCUUAGAAGAACCCAGGAGCGUUGCACUUGACUGUACUAACUUGCUAACUUGCCUCCGGCUCUGAGGAAUCCAGCUGCUUUCAGGAAAGAGCAGGCAAUUCCUGUGAUAAACCAUGUCGGAGGCUGUGGACCUGUCUUUCCUGUCGGAGGCGGAGAGGGAUAUGAUCCUGCAAGUCCUGCAGCGAGAUGAAGAGCUCCGCAAGGCUGAGGAGAGAAGGGUCAGGCGACUGAAGAAUGAGCUGCUGGAGAUCCGGCGCAAAGGGGCCAAGCGGGGCAGCCAGCGCUACAGCGAGAGGACGUGUGCCCGGUGCCAGCAGAGCUUGGGCCGGGUGAGCCCCAAGGCCAACACCUGCCGUGGCUGCAACCACCUGGUGUGUCGGGACUGCCGCUCCUACAGCAUCAACAGCACCUGGCGCUGCAAAGUCUGCACCAAGGAAGCAGAGUUGAAGAAGACAACCGGUGACUGGUUCUAUGACCAAAGAGUCAAUCGCUUUGCAAACAAGCUGGGGAUCGACAUAGUGAGAAUGUCCCUUCGGCGCAAACCUCAAGCCAACAAAAGGGAAACAGUGGGGCAAACCCUUCUCCAGCAGGCACAGCCGAACGAUCCAAAAGACUUGCCCGUGGCAAAGCAGAAGAGUCUCCAGGAGCGACAGAAGGAGCCCAGAAUGCCUCCUGAAGCCUUGGACCCCCGAGAUGGGAAGAGUGAUACCGAGUCCAUGGAGAACAUGAGUCUGGAUGGGUACAGACCCAACGCCACUGGCACAGGUGUCAGCUCCAGGAGAAAUUCCCUGGAUAAAACUGUCACUUUUCAAGAGGGGAAGCGAAGGCGUGGUCCCGUGGGCUCCAAUGUAUCCACCCUCCCCAUCCCCACCCACUCCGGAGACACUACUCCCUCCAGCUCAGAAAGUGAAGCUCGUGUGGGGAGCCAUGGUGUAGUGUCCGCAGAUGAGAACGAAACCAUAUUCAAGAAGAAUCCCCGGAGAACCCUGAGGCCUGCAGACUACACAAAGUCAGUGAUUGAUCUGCGCCCGGAGGAGCUAGGAAGUGAAAGCGGCUCCAUGGGAGACAGAAGCAAGUCGGUUCCAGGUCUCAACACUGAAGUGGAUGAGGAGGAGGAAGACAUUGACAACCUGGUGGAGAUCCAUCGCCGGAGGACAGCCAGAAGCAGCAUGUACAGCGGCACCUCUUCGAGCACACUGGGGAGCAUGGUCAGCAUUUACAGCGAGGCUGGUGACUUCGGCAACGUCUUUGUCACGGGAGAGAUCGCCUUCUCUCUGAGCUACGAGCACAAGACUCAGACCCUGUUCAUCCACGUGAAGGAGUGUCGCCAGCUGGCCUAUGCCGACGAGGCCAAGAAGCGCUCCAACCCAUAUGUGAAGACCUACCUCCUGCCUGAUAAAUCCCGGCAAGGCAAACGCAAGACAACCAUCAAACGCAACAGUGUCAACCCGCUGUACAAUGAGCUGCUCAAGUAUGAGAUCAGCAAGUCCCUCCUGCUCACAAGAACCUUGCAGUUCUCAGUCUGGCACCAUGAUCGCUUUGGCCGAAACACCUUCUUGGGGGAGGUGGAGAUCCCGAUGGAUUCCUGGAACUUUGAGAGCCAGCUGGAAGAGCGUGUCCCCCUGCAUGGCAAGGCUGAUGCUGACUCUGCGGGCUCCCAGCAGUACAGAGGAGAGUUGGUGGUUUCCAUGAAGUACAUCCCAUCUUCCAAACACCCAGGGGCGGGUAAUGGGAAAAAGGGCAAACGGGAGGAAGGAGGUGAACUCCAGGUCUGGAUCAAAGAGGCCAAGAACCUCAUAGCUGCCAAAUCUGGAGGGACCUCUGACAGCUUUGUCAAGGGCUACCUGCUGCCGCUCCGAAACAAGGCCACCAAGAGGAAGACUCCUGUGAUGAAGAAGACCCUGAAUCCUCACUACAAUCACACCUUUGUCUACAAUGGCAUCAGCCCAGAGGACCUGCAGCACAUCUGUCUGGAGCUGACUGUCUGGGACCGUGAGCCAUUGUCCAGCAAUGACUUCCUGGGAGGAGUCAGGCUGGGAAUUGGGAAUGGUAUGAGUAAGGACCAGGUGGUUGACUGGAUGGACUCCACAGGAGAGGAGGUGAGCCUGUGGCAGAAGAUGCGUCAGUUCCCGGGCUCCUGGGCAGAAGGAACACUACAGCUCCGCUCCACCAUGGCCAAGCCAAGAGCAUAGCCAUAGCCAUAGCCUGGGCGCUGGGCCUGAAACCAGCUUUAGCAAGGCAGCACCAGGCGGAGGCAACCGAACUGAAACCACGGCACCAGCAAGGGCCGCAUGUAGGAUCUAAUGGAGUGGGAGCAGGCUCUGGCUUUCGCCUGUGUAGUAAUAAAGCUAAUUGUGUCUUCAGCAGGCUCAGCCUAACAGCCUGUUCUUGGCAGCAGCUUAUUUUAUGUAAAGGGUUUUUUUCUCUUAACUUGGCUGGAAUUGAAUUCCGUAGGGUCUCCCCCCUUGUAGGGGCUAAGUGCUUUUAAAACUUGUUUUUCUUAGCGUUUUCACCUCUCCCUCUCCCAUGUAGUUUGUUUGAUUGCCCUACCUACAGCUUCCACUGUUGUCUCCCCUUCCCUCUGUCCUCCUGGGAUGGUGCAGAUAGAAUCAGACACUACAAACUAGAGCUGCAUGGGCAUAAGCAAUCAAUAUUUGGUAUGUAGAAUGUGAGAAUACCCAGUGCUGUUGAGACAUGGGCUGGUGGGGGAAGGAAGAAACAAGCCCAUGCCUGUUAGAGUACUGUGCCCUGAUUAGGGUAGGGUGUUUUUCACUGGCAGAAGGGAAAGCAGCUAGGAGAGCUCUGUGCCGAUCUCAGCUGGGGGAAGUGGCUUUGAAACAAACAUCCACAUGCUGUCUCCUCUUACGAGCAGGCUAGCUGGGUAUCAGUCAUGCCAGAGCUGCAGGACUUCUCUGGUGGGGCGGUGGUCUGUUUUCCCCUUAUGCUGGGGGUUGUUCAGAAUUUGUGGUGGAGAUAGCAGUCCUUACUGUUGCUGCUUCCCCUCCCACCCGCCAAGCCCUCCCAACUUCCCAGCACUCCUGCUCCAGCUCUCUUACACAGAUUUAUUCAUUUAAAAUACAGAAUGUUGUGGGGGUCAAAACGGUGGCCAACAAGAGGGCAACAGCCCCUCUUGGAGGAAAGGAAAAGCAAAUUCUACGGCAUGAGUUAAAAUCCACAUCAAACAACUGUCUGGGAGGGCAGUCUUUGUACUGGCAGAUGCACUGUGAUUCCUGCUUGGUUACUGUGUCAAGGCUCACCACAAAGGACUAUCUGUUUUAAUAAAGGUUUUCUUGCUGUU